AUGAAUCCCAAAAUAUCAGAUUUUGGGCUUGCAAAAAUAUUCAGUUCAAAGGAUACUGAAGGGAACACAAAAAGGAUUGCCGGGACAUAUGGGUAUAUGGCUCCCGAGUAUGCUUCAGAGGGUCUGUUCUCGAUCAAAUCUGAUGUAUUCAGCUUCGGUGUGCUAAUUCUUGAGAUCAUCCAUGGAAAAAGAAACUCAUGUUUCCAUCAAUUUGGGGAUUUCUUCAACCUUCUUGGAUAUGCAUGGAAGUUGUGGAAAGAGGAAAGAUGGCUUGAGUUCGUCGAUGAAUCAAUAGUUUCAGAGUCUGACGUGUUAGAGACAAUGAGGUGCAUCAACAUCGCACUGCUCUGUGUGCAAGAGAAUGCAGCUGAUAGACCCACAACAGCAAGUGUGGUUGCGAUGCUAAGCAGUGAAAGCAUGACCCUGCCUGAACCUAAGCAUCCGGCGUAUUUCCACAUAAGGGUAACGGAGGAAGAGCCACCUAGUGCUAAUGAUGUGACAAUGUCUGCUCUACAGGGCAGAUAG